GAACUUUCCUACUCAGCCCUCAAAUAUAGAAAAAAAAAAGGUACCAUACAUUAGACUUGUCAAAACAAAACAAAAAAAAAAACCACUAUAAAGUGGUACAACUUACAUUAGUAUCAAAACUCAUUACCCAAAUCCCAUAAUAUCACACCACUAGGAAUAACUCAUACUUGUAAGUUGUUUUCUAAACUCCUAUGUUAUGAUGCUAUUGCUACCAAUAAGUUAUGAUAUGGAUACCAUUCUCAUACUUAAGUACGUAACAUUUUUCCUACUUGCAUACUUCACUCUUAAACACACCAUCCUACGCUCCAAACUCAAAGGCAAACUACCACCAUCUCCAUUUCUCUCCUUCCCUAUUAUAGGCCAUCUCUACCUCUUCAAGAAGCCCCUCCACCGCUCCUUAGCUCGUUUAGCGUCCGAAUACGGCCCCGUCCUCUACCUUAGGAUGGGGUCUCGCCCUGUCCUUCUCCUAUCCUCUCCAUCCGCGGUUGAAGAAUGUCUUGUUAGAAACGAUGUAUUCGUUGAUCGCCCUCGACUACUCCCAGGUAAGCAUGGUGGUAACAAUUAUACUAACAUGGCAUGGUCCCCGUAUGGGGACCAUUGGAAGAACCUACGUAGGAUUGCAGCCGUAGAGAUUUUAUCUCCUAAUCGGCUGCAAAUCCUAUCAGGGAUCCGAGCUGAAGUAGCUCGGUCCUUUAUACGUAGGAUCAUGAAAGCGAGCUCAGAAAAUGGCGGAGUUGUAGAGAUGAAGUCCGCCAUUUUUGGGCUUACCUUAGAUAACAUGAUGAGAAUGUUGAUGGGUAAGAGUAACUACGAGGAGGCGAGUGAGGGGAAUGAAGCAUCUAGGAGGUUUCAACAGAUUGUUGAAGGUAGUUUUAGAGUUAGUGGGGUGAAUAAUUUGGAAGAUUUCUUGCCUAUUUUGAAGUGGUUUAGGGUGUUUUUGGGUUCACCUGAAGAUUUUAUGAGGAAGUUGACGAAAGAAAAGAAUGAGUUUAUGCGAGGGUUGAUGAAAGAACAUAGAGAGUUGGAAAGAGAAGAUAAGUUAUCAGAUGGGAGGAAAAGAGCAAUGAUUCAUGUUUUGUUGUCCUUGCAAAAGGAGGAUCCACAAUAUUACUCUGAUGAUAUGAUUGGUAGCCUCAUCUUGGCUCUUUUCCAAGGUGGGACAGAUACAUCAGCAGCAACAGUAGAAUGGGUGCUAUCUCUCCUUCUCAACAAUCCUGAAGUUAUGAAAAAGGCACAAGCUGAAAUCGACACUAACAUAGGACAUAAUCGUUUAGUUGAAGAAUCUGACAAAAAUAACAUCCCUUACCUCCAAAAUAUCAUAAACGAGACAUUAAGAAUGUAUCCAACAGGUCCAAUAGGACUACCUCGUGAAUCUAGGAAUGAUUCCCAAGUAGGGGACUACCAUAUCCCUAAAGGAUCCAUGCUUAUAUAUAACAUAUGGGCUAUUCAAAAUGACCCCGAAAUCUGGGACGAGCCACGAAUUUUCAGGCCGGAAAGAUUUGAUGGUGUUGAAGGAACAAGAUUAGGGUGCAAAUACAUGCCUUUUGGUACAGGAAAAAGGAUUUGCCCAGGAGAGCACUUGGCUAGUAAGGUAAUUUGGUUAGCAGUUGCAAUAUUGAUUCAAUGCUUUGAAUGGGAAAGAUUUGACAAAGAAUUGAUAACUAUGGAAGAAAGUGGGGGUGUUUCUUUGACAAAAGUUGUGCCUCUUAAGGUUAAGUGUCGUCCUCGUCCUUGCAUGAUGAAUGUCCUUUCGCAACUCUAGAGAAACAAUUGUAUCUAUACUAGUAAAACUAAACAUAUGUGUGAGGGUUUAUACUGAGUUGCUGUUGUUAGAAAGUUUGCUUGUAAUAGUUUGCAUAAAUAAAUGAUGUAUACUCUUCAAUCUUAUGAGUCAACUUAAUUACAUUUUUUUCUCCUUU